GGAGCCGGGGAGGGCGGGGCGUGUCCCAGCGGAGAUGGCGUCGCUCUUCGGCGGCGUGGAGGGCGGGGGCACCCACUCCAGGGUGGUGGUGGUCUCUGGAGAUGGCCGGAUCCUGGCCGAGACGGAGGGACCCUGUACGAACCACUGGCUCGUCGGCUCCGAGAAGUGCCUAGAGAGGAUCGAGCGGAUGGUCAGCGAGGCCAAGACCAAAGCCGGGGCCGACCCCCACGUCCCCCUCCGCUCACUGGGGCUGUCCCUGAGCGGGGGUGACCAGAAAGACGCCAUCGGCAAACUGACGGAGGAGCUACGCCGGCGCUUCCCCCACCUGAGCCAGAGUUACUACAUCACCAACGAUGCCGUCGGGGCCAUGGCCACCGCCACCGACCACGGCGGCAUCGUCCUGAUCUCGGGUACUGGCUCCAACUGCAAACUCAUCAACCCCGACGGGUCGGAGACGGGCUGCGGCGGCUGGGGACACAUGAUGGGUGACGAAGGCUCAGCGUACUGGAUCGCCCAUCAAGCCGUGAAGAUGGUGUUCGACUGCAUGGACAACCUGGAGGUGCCGCCCCACGACGUCGGCUACGUCAAGCAGGCCAUGUUUGACUACUUCCAGAUAUCCGACAGGAUGGGCCUCCUGACACAUCUCUACCGCACCUUCGAGAAGUCCAAGUUUGCGGGGUUUUGCCAGAAGCUGGCGGAGGGUGCCCAGGCUGGGGACCCGCUCUGCUGCCACAUCUUCAACAAGGCAGGCGAAGUCCUGGCCCGCCACGUCGUCGCCGUGCUGCCCAAAAUCGACAGGAACCUGUUCCUGGGGGAGCUGGGGCUGCCCAUCGUCUGCGUGGGCUCCGUCUGGAAUAGCUGGGAGAGGAUGCAGGCGGGGUUCAUCCGUGUGCUGGCACAGGCACGGGAGGAGACCCCCGGCCACGUCUUCUCCCGGUUCAGCCUCCUGAAGCUGAAGCGUUCCUCGGCGCUGGGGGGGGCCCGCUUGGGUGCCAGGAACGUCGGCCAGGCUCUGCCCUUGGACUACGCCGGCAACGUGGAUGUCUUCUACACCCACGUCUUCUAGCCGUGGCCCCCCCCAGCUCCUGCCCCACAGCUCCCCUAUAUCCCCGGGGAGGGAGGGACCCUCCGCACAGGGCAGCAGGGGGAUAUGGACAAAUGAGUUUUGUAAUUUGGCAAUAAAAUGGUUGCACUGCCCAAAGGGAAAUGGGUGUGAUGGGGCAGCGUGGGGCUGGGAGCGUGGCUCAGUGGCCACGAGGAGAGGAACCAACCUCGGUGCAGGGGUUGGGGGGGGGAAUGUGCUCCAAACCGUGGGGCGGAUGUUGGAAAAUGAAGAAAAACAGACCUUGAAGGUUCCUGUUUCGGUGCCCAAGGACGGGCUGCAGCAGCCGUGGGUCUGGGGAUGGGGUGCUGCCCACGCCUGCCCGGAGGCUGAGCAGGGAGGGGGUCUGGUGCUCGGGGGGGCUGCUGGAUCCAAGCGGAACAGGAGGGAGCGAUGCCGACAUUGGGCGAGCAGGGGGAAGGACUCGGUGCUAACGGCAAGCAGCGGCCCCGGUGAAGGGGAAGGCUGGGGCUGGUCUGCCUGUGUGAGUUCAAGCAGCUUUCUUGGGGCUGGUCUUCAUUUAAAAAGGAAAAAAAAGUAAAAAAGGAGGAAAGCUC